AUGUCUUCGUUGCAGUUCCAGAUACCAGAUGAGGGGCUCGCCGGCAAUCAGCCCGCGAGCCCCCAUCACCACCCGAAGCAGCACGGCGAGGCGUGCUGUAAUGCCUCUUCAACACCUCUCUCCCAAGCAAGUACUGCGCCGCCGACGCCGAAUAUGCAGUUUCGUCUUCCACAUCUGUGUCUUGAUGGAUUCGACGACGAGCACUUUCCCCUGCUUACAAGGCAGAUGUCGAUACCGGAAGAUGAAGAAGGAGAAGACUUGCCAGACCAGUUCCAGGACCGCAAAGGUUCUUCAUGGAACCAGCCUGCAGGUGGCGAGAGAACACGGCCGUGUUCGCAGGACUCGCUUGAGUCGCUGUUGGCGGAGGUGAAGGACCUGUAUGAGCAAAAAUACGGUUUUGCGGUCGAGAAUGAAACGGAGAAGCUGCAGGAGCCAGACACAGACGGUGAGGGGCCAGUAUGGAAAGUUAUCCGUGGAACCCAUGUGCCCACUGACUGCCGGCUGACCAGGCUCUCUCAGAAACUAGCAGAAGUCAAGCAAUUGUACGAGGUCAACUAUGGCGUCGAAGUCGAUGCCGAAGAGUCCGUCCAGUACGAUGCGCAGGGCACGCCGUGGCUUGAGAUUCGUGGCACCGGCUGUCCCAAAGACAUGCGUGUGGAGCGUUUGGAGCAGAUGCUUGAGAAUGUCAAGGGCCUGUAUGCCGAAAGCUAUGGCCGCGAUGUUGACACCGAGUAUGAUGCGGAUGGAACGCCUUGGUCCGUGACGGAAGGAACAGGAGUUCCGCGAGACUGCCGCGUGGAGAGGCUGGAGCAAAAGCUAGCGGAAGUCAAGCAGUUGUACGAGGUCAAGUAUGGUGUCGAAGUCGAUACCGAAGAGUCCGUCCAGUACGAUGCGCAGGGCACGCCGUGGCUUGAGAUUCGUGGCACCGGCUGUCCCAGAGACAUGCGUGUGGAGCGUUUGGAGCAGAUGCUUGAGAAUGUCAAGGGCCUGUAUGCCGAAAGCUAUGGCCGCGAUGUUGACACCGAGUAUGAUGCGGAUGGAACGCCUUGGUCCGUGACGGAAGGAACAGGAGUUCCGCGAGACUGCCGCGUGGAGAGGCUGGAGCAGAAGUUGAAUGAAGUGAACCUGCUCUUUGCUGCAAGGUAUGGUCAUUCCGCCUUGGCCUCGCAACCUGAUAUAUUUUCUCAGGGUGGCCACUUUGCAUAUGACGAGGAUGGAACGCUCUGGAUCAAGAGUGUUACUACAGGUCGGCUUGCGCACACGGAACUUCCUUCUGAAGGAGCUUUGGCUGACAUGCUCACGGAGGUGAAAGUGCUUUGCAAUGAAAGAUUUGGAGCGAAGCCUACUGAAGAGACGCAGUCUUCCUGGAGUGACGAGGAUGGAACACCUUGGGUUCAAGUCGGUUCAUCCAGCGGCGGGGUUGCGACAACGGACAAGGACAAGUUGUUUGAAGGAACUUGCGGCCUGCAGUAA